AUGAGGGUCAUGUUUUUGGUUAAAAAGUUGCUGAACACUCAGCACAGUGUGGAGAAUCCCAGAGGACCGAGAGCCCACCAGUCACAUUUCCUUUUCUUUCCUCUUAUUCCUCUUCUCUCAGGAGGCAAGGCAGUUCAGAGGAAACAAGUGGAGAUUAAGAGCCAGAUAAAGGUAACGCACAUGAUACUCCCCUUGGACCUGUGUCUCCAGUGCCCGAUGCUCACCCAGGCCUCAACCCCCACCACGAGGCCCAGGGACGGCAGGGACCACACUGUGAACUCCGGUGGAUCCUGCCUGAGUGCCAGCACGGUGGCCAUCCCCACCAUCAAUGACAGCAGUGCGGCCUUGAGUGCCUGCAGCAGCAGCAUGAGUGUCCGGGCUGCCAGCUCAAGGGACAUUCAGAUGUGCCUCCGAAAGAAGCAGGACAAAGCGAAGAAGAGGGUCAUCUGGGGCAUUGAGGUGGCCGAGGAGCUGCACUGGAAAGGUUGGGAGCUGGGCAAGGAGACCACAAGGAACCUGGUUCUGAAAAACCUGUCCAUGAAAACCCAGAAGAUGAAGUACAGGCUUCCCAAGACCAAGUUCUUCUUCACCGUCCUCCCUCAGCCCAUCUUCCUGAGCCCAGGCAUAACCCUCACGCUCCCCAUCGUCUUCCGGCCUCUGGAGGAGAAGGAGUAUGUGGACAAGCUGUGGUUUGAGAAAGCAGAGGGAAUGUUCUGUGUGGACCUGAAGGCCACCCUGCCCUGCCACAAGCUGAUCUGCCCACCAUUCCUGCAGCUGCCCAUGUGUGCCACGGGGGAUAUGGCCGAGGCCUGGUUCUACCUGGACAAUGUGGGGGACCUCCCCACCUUCUUCACCUGGGAGUUCCCUAGCCCAUUCCAGAUACUACCCACCACGGGGCUACUGGAGCCAGGCCUGGCCUGCCGGAUCAAAGUGACCUUUCAGCCCCUAAUAGCUGUCAUCUAUGACGCUCAGGCCACGUGCUGGUAUGGGGCAGGCAGCCGGCAGAAGAGCAGCAUCCAGCUUCAGGCUGUGGCCAAAUGCACUCAACUGCUGGUGAGCAUCAGGCAUAAGCGACUGGAGGACCAGGAUGCUGAGGGCUUGCAGAAAGUGUUGCAUUUUGGCUCUGUUGCUGUGGGCUGCACCAUCGAGAGGCAGAUCAGGCUGUACAACCCAUCAGCGGUGAAUGCCCCCUUCAGGAUCGAAAUGUCCCCAGAUGUACUUGACAAAGACCAGGCCUUCUCAUGCCCCACGGCCCAUGGCAUCGUGCCCCCAGGAGAGAAGAAAUGUGUGUCGGUGUUAUUCCACCCUGAGACCUUGGACACCAGAACUAUGGACUAUAUCUCCAUCAUGCCUUCUGGCUGCGCCUCCCAAACCCUGCUUAAAGUCGUUGGUUUCUGUAGAGGUCCUGCUGUGUCCCUGCAGCACUACUGUGUCGACUUCCACUUGGUCAACCUUGGGAAGCGUUCAGAGCAGCCCCUCUGGAUUGAGAACCAGUCAGACUGUACAGCCCACUUCCAGUUUGCCAUCGACUGCCAAGAGAGCGUCUUCAGCAUCAGGCCUGCCUUCGGGACCCUGGUGGGCAAGGCCCGUAUGACCCUGCACUGUGCCUUCCAGCCCACUCACCCCAUCAUCUGCUUUCGGCGGGUGGCCUGUCUCAUCCACCACCAGGAGCCACUGUUUCUGGACCUGAUUGGGACCUGCCAUUCAGACAGCACCAAGCCAGCCAUCCUGAAGCCUCACCACCUCACCUGGUAUCGCACACACCUGGCUCGGGGCCUGACGCUCUACCCUCCUGACAUCCUGGGCGCCAUGCUGAAGGAAAAGAAGCUGGAGCAGGAUAAGAACGGGGCCCUUCUGAUUCCCAUGGAGGACCUGGAGAACAUGCCUGCCCCGCAGUACCCCUGUAUUCCCCCCAUGACUGAGUACUUCUUCGACGGCACCAGCGACAUGGCCAUCUUCCCUCCGCCCGUCAGUAUAGAGCCUGUCGAGGUGGAUUUUGGCGCCUGCCCCGGGGCUGAGGUCCCCAACCCUGUCCCCCUGUGCCUGAUGAACCACACCAAGGGGAAGAUCACUGUGGUCUGGACACGCAGGUCUGGCUGCCCCUUCUGGGUGACCCCGGACACCUGUGAUGUGCCGCCACUCAAGUCCACGGCCAUGCGCCUGCAUUUCCAGCCUCCUCACCCCAACUGCCUCCACGCCGUGGAGCUGGAAGCCUUUGCCGUCUAUAAGGUUCUGCAGAACUACAGUCACCUCGAGGAGGAAUGCACCAUGUGCCCAUCCUGGUGCCUGACGGUGCGCGCGCGAGGCCACAGCUAUCGUGCUGCCCUUGAGCACCACAUACCCCAGUAUUCCCUGGACGCCCCCAAGCUGUUUCCCGCAGUCUCCUCCAGAGAGCCUGCCUACCGUAGCCUACUCCUGGUCAACAACGGCUCCAUGCUGCUGACCUUCAGCCUGGCCCCCCAAAGCUGCUCAGAUAUUAUCCUGAGGCCCACUUCAGGCCUUGUAGCACCUGGGGCCCACCAGAUCUUCCUCAUCUGUACCUAUCCCAAGGGCAACUGCUGGAAGCAGCACACUUUCUACCUGCAGUUCAAUUUUUGUCCCCAACAUCUCAAGGAGGUGACCAUGCAGAGCCGGGAGGAGCCACUGCAGCUGAAAAUGGACACCUCCAGAGGCCUCUACUUUAAGCCCACCUGGGUGGGCUGCUCCUCCACCAGCCCUUUCACCUUCCGCAACCUCUCCCGUCGGCCCCUGGAGUUUGAGUGGAGGGUCUCCCAGCAGUACCGAAAGAUGCUGGCCGUCCAGCCUUCCAGGGGGCUCAUCCAGCCCAAUGAGAGCCUUACGCUGACCUGGACCUUCAGCCCUUUGGAGGAAAGCAAGUACCUGUUCCGAGUGGGGAUGUGGGUCUGGGAAGCCGGCCUGCCCCUAAACGCCAAGCCCCCUGUCACCACCCACUCCAUGCUCCGGCUGGUGGGGAUGGGCCUCACCAGCAGCCUCUCUGCAAAGGAAAAGGAGCUGGACUUUGGGAACAUGCUGGUGAACAGCAAUAAGUCCAGGUCUCUGGUCCUUCUGAAUGAUGGCAACUGCACCCUCUAUUACCACCUCUACCUGGAGCAGAACAGCCCUGAGGUCAUCGACAAUCAACCCCUCGCUCUGCAGCUGGACCGAACAGAGGGGAGCAUGCCACCCCGGUCUCAGGACACCAUCUGCCUGACUGCCUAUCCCAAGCAGCGGUCCCAGUACUCCUGGACCAUCAGUUAUUCUCUCCUCUCCCACAGAGGUAACAAGGUCGGGGAGAAGCAGGAGCUGUGUCGUGUCUCCCUGGUGGCCACAUACCCCUUGCUCUCCGUCCUGGAUGUCAGCCCCAUGGGCAGCGCAGAGGGCAUCACUCGGAAGCUCCUGUGGCGCCUCUUCUCCCUGGACCUACUCAACAGUUACUUGGAGCGGGACCCCACCUCCUGUGAGCUCACCUACACGGUGCCUACCCGGCACAGCACAAGACAGAUCCCCCCCGUCUUCACCCCUUUGAAGCUUGACUUCAAUUUUGGGGCAGCACCAUUCAAGGCCCCACCCUCCGUGGUGCUCCUGGCCCUGAAGAACAGCGGAGUGGUCCCCCUGGACUGGGCCUUCCUCUUUCCAAGCGACCAGCAGAUCGACUUAGAGCUCUGGGCAGAGCAAGCAGAGUUUAACAGCACUGAACUCCACCAAAUGCGCGUGCAGGACAAUUGUAUCUUCUCCAUCAGUCCCAAGGUUGGGAGCCUGAGUCCUGGGCAGGAGCAGAUGGUGGAGUUCAAAUAUAGCCACCUGUUCGUCGGCACUGAUAGCCUCCCAGUGCUCUUCAAGGUGUCUCAUGGCCGGGAGAUCCUGCUAAAUUUCAUAGGCGUGACUGUGAUGCUGGAACAGAAGUAUGUGCACUUCACCUCCACAAGCCACCAGUUCAUCCCUGUGCCCAUUGGCGACACACUACCCCCACGGCAGAUUUAUGAGCUGUAUAAUGGUGGCUCAGUGCCUGUGACAUAUGAGAUCCAGACCAACAUCCUGUCACUGGUUCAGGAAAAAAAUUUCGAUCACCCCAUCUUCUGCUGCCUCAACCCCAGAGGGGAGAUCCAGCCAGGCACCACUGCUCGGAUCUUAUGGAUCUUCUCACCCAUUGAGGCCAAGACCUACACGGUGGACGUGCCCAUACACAUCCUGGGAUGGAACUCAGCCAUCAUCCACUUCCAGGGAGUGGGCUACGACCCCCAUAUCAUGGGAGACACAGCCCCAUUCCACAACAUCUCCUCAUGGGACAACACUUCCAUACACUCUAGGCUGAUGGUUCCUGGACAGAAUGUCUUCCUGUCCCAGUCUCAUAUCUCCCUGGGAAACAUCCCUGUGCAGAGCAAGUGCAGCCGUCUGCUCUUCCUCAACAACAUCUCCAAGAACAAGACAUUUGUCUUCGCCUGGCAGCCAAGUCCCCUAGACUUUGGAGAGGUGUCUGUGAGUCCCAUGAUAGGGGAGGUGGCUCCUGAAGAGACAGUGCCAUUUGUGGUGACUCUGAAGGCCUCAGUGCAUGCCAGCUUCUACAGUGUGGACCUGGUAUGCAAGGUAUACCCGCAGGAGCUCAUGAGGCAAUACCAUGAGGAGUUGCAGGAGUGGAAGGACGAGAAGGCAUGGCAGGAAGUAGAGUUCACCAUCACAGACAGGAAAGUGAAGAAAAGAGCAUGUUGUACAGCCUGUGAACCUGUGAGGAAGUAUAAGACGCUGCCCCCCAUCAAGAACCAGAAGUCUGUCAACCGACCUGCCAGCUGGAAAUUGCAGAUCCCUAAGGAGGAGACAUCUUGGCCAUGCCCCCAGCCGCCCUCUCCAGGCAUGCUCUGCCUGAGUCUCACUGCCCGAGCCCAUGCCACCGACUACUUUCUGGCCAACUUCUCAGACUUUUCCUGCCACUUCUUGUACCAGGAGCUGCCAAAGAGGAAGGCCCCUAGAGAAGAGUCAGAGACUUCUGAGGAAGAAUCCCCAAACAAGUGGGACCCUGUAUCCAAGCAGAAGAAGCAGCUCCUAGUUGAUAUUCUCACCACCAUCAUCAGGGGACUGCUGGAGGACAAGAACUUCCAAGAGGCUGUGGACCAAAGCUUGGUGGAGCAGGUCCCAUACUUCUGCCAGUUCUGGAGUGAGCAGUCAGCCAGGUUCAUGGCCCAGAAGAACAAUCUGUACUUAGUGCCAAUCCUGUCUCCGCCUUCCAGCAACUGGGAGGAUGGGAAAGACCAGCAGCCAGAGGAGGACAAACAGGAGAACAAUCUGAGGUUGGGGGAGAAGGAGGGGGACGAGGAGGAGAAGGGCGAAGAGGAAGAAGAGGAAUUGGAGGAGGAGGAGGAGGAGGAGGAGGAGGAGGAAGAAGAGGAGGAGAUGGAAGAGGAAGAGGAAGAGUUGGGCAAGGAGGGGAUAGAGGAGGAGAGCGGGGAGCAGGAAGAGAAGGCAGCCUGGUCAGAGAUCAAGCCCAUGCUGCAGCCCGAGUCCCAGGAGUCCAUGCAAUGGCGAUGGCAGCAGCAGCUGAAAGUCAUGGUGAAGGAAGAGCAAGAACAGAACGAGAAGGAGGCCAUCGGAAGGCUCCCGGCCUUCGCCAACCUACAGGAGGCGCUGCUGGAGAACAUGAUCCAGAACAUCCUGGUGGAGGCCAGCCGCGGGGAGGUGGUGCUCACCUCGCGUCCGCGCGUCAUCACCCUGCCGCCGCUCAGCGUGCCCAGGAUUCCGAACCCGGACGUGCUGCCGGCCCAGCAAGCGGAGGAACACCACCCGGUGGUGCCAUCUCCUACCUAGCCUUUGCAGAUGCCCGUGCCAGCCCCCACGACUUGCCGUCCUAGGUUUCACCUGGUCCCCUCCCCAACUCCCUGCCAGUAAAGCACCUAGCCUUUU